GCGAAUAGUACUAGUCCAAUUGAGCUACACCAAGUGCACUUUAGCUUGUUUAGAAUAAGUUUUGACUUGUGGCGACCAACUCAACUGUAGAAGCGCGAAGUGAGUAACAUGUAACAGCCUCGGAGGCGAAGCGAAAAUCUCGCAAAUCGUAAGGCCACAUCUGCCUAUAAAAUACCUGCACAUACCCUAUGGCUUUGCAUUGCUCACUGCAACAAGCUCUAUGAUGUUCACUUCCCGCUUCACCAUUCUUGCUCUGCUCGCCUUCCUCGUUGGCGCCAACGCUGCAUGCGCAACAUGCCAAGAAACGUUGGAUGUCGACGGUGUGACCUACGAACUAGUCACCAGCGCUUGGAAGAUGAACAACGGGAACGUAGUUUGUAACUACCUGAAUAAGAAGGGCGACGAGGUGACUUGCGAGUAUACGGAAAGCGGCGUGUUCAGGGAUGGGAAUUCAAGCUGUCCACAAUCGUCAAGGAAGGAAGACUUUGGAUGCUAAGCAGGAUGUGAUGUGGAAUGGGCCCGACGAGAGGAGCAACAUUGAUCUGUAGACAGUUGGGUAUAUCAGUAGAUUUCGUCUGUGACAAGAAUUCUCUUAUGCGUUUGGCCUUGAACAGUUUGUGACAAUCACCUCG